AUGUCUGGCUCAGUAGGCGCCCUUUUCUGGGUGUUUUUGGUUAUCUCAGCUCUUGUUGUGGCAUCUGAAAGACUUCCCCCUUCAGAGAUUAGGAACAUAAACCAGCGACAAUCGGAACCAGAGCUAUCGCGUAUUGUUUCCCCAGGGGCUCCAAAACAGAACAUCAACGAUAGCGAGAAAUCCUCUAACAACUUUAACGACCUUACAUCCUCGCUUAGUGCCGCCAGGGCACUAGCAACUUAUUCUCCAGAAGCUACAAACGGAAUUCAUCAAUCUGGGCUUGGAAGGGUUGGAAGUGGAGGAGGGGUAGCUCUUCAGAGGGAAAGAUACAUUCAUGAUUGGGAAGUUGAGGACUAUGUGUUGUUAUCCACGGUCGAUGGGAGUCUCUAUGCCACCGAUAGGAAGACAGGGAUGAAAAGAUGGGAUAUUUCGUCGAAUUAUCCAGCAGUGCAAAUUACUGCUCACCGGGCCAAUAUCUCGCACCCAGUACGAGAUUGGAUUCCAGACGAUAAUGUUGUUUGGAUUGUAGAGCCAGUCAACGGGGGCCAAUUGUAUUAUUAUUCCCCAGAUAGUGGGUUGAAGAAAUUCGGUAUUUCUGUCAAGGGAAUCGUCGAUAACACACCUUUUUCUGCAGAAGGUAGUGAUAAAGUUUAUAACGGCGACAAAAAGACGACCACAUUGUCUAUUGAUGCCCGCGCUGGAAAAGUUCAAAGAGUGUUUAGUUCCAAUGGCCCGGUGAACAUAAUGCAUAAUGAAAAGUGUAAACCGAAAAAAGGACUUGAGGUUGAAGAUUUGGACGAUGAAUGCGACUCCACUGAAAAGAUCAUCUUGAUCGGAAGAACUGAGUACACUGUCACUAUCAGCAAUGUCAAUACUGGAGAGCUGCUUUGGACCAUCAGAUAUACUGAAUGGGGCCCUAACAAUAGUGAUCGGGAUUUGGCUGAACAGCACCAUCAGCCCAUGGAUAACCGCUAUAUCUAUAGUAACUACUAUGGUAGAAUCUAUGGCUUCGAGGGAGACCCAACAGGUGUCACGAGCGAACGACGUCCAAGGUAUCAGCAAGAUCUGAUGUCACCUGUCACUAGAAUCUUCGAUGUUGUCAAGUCCGCGUCGUCGUCGUCAGACACGGAGACUUCAACCUUUGUGGUUCUUCCCCAGCCAAUUGUGCAUGCAAAAGAUGUUCCCCGUGAUGACAAAAUGACUUUUGUCGGCCUCGGGAAAGGUGGUCAUUUUGCCUUGUCUGAGCUUAGUUACCCGUAUGUAACGCAUGGAGCCGAUAAAGCAGGAUGUUACAGCAAGGGUAUCGACUGGCCAUACUUGGAUCACAAUGAACGUCUAAAGUCCCUAGUUGGAAUUCACUCAGCCCAGUUCGUAUAUCCAGACUCGCACCCCCACCCCGCAUCGCUACCGGCUCGUUCCCAGAAUGAGGACGAAAGACCAGUUCAAUCUAGAAGCACCUCCCCACCAUUGCCCUCAUCACCUUCAUUGGGAGGCAGCAAGCUACUUGGAUUAGCUGUCAGCAAUCCCGUAGAUCUCAGCAUCGUGGUUUUGCUUUUCUCUUUGGCGCUUUAUGUUCUUCGUGGCGGUUCAAGAAAGGGGAAGUAUAAGUUCCCAAGCGAGGGUCGUGAAUUCCAACAAUCCCAGUCUCAACAGGACGCCGUAAAAGAAAUUGUCAUCCCGGGGGUCGGCUUAGAAAAACCAGAGGAAGUCAUUAAACCAGAACCAACCGUGGAGGUAGAGCAACCAAGGCAACUGGAACCGAAAGAACCCAACCCAGCACCGCCAUUGGUUGAGGGAGCAACUAUAAUUGCUGAGGCACGGGUUCCAGAGGAUGAGCCCACUAUUGUCGCGGAUGAUGCCAAAUCUCGUGAGGUGAGGUUUGAUCCUAAGCCGCAGGAGAUCAGGGAUGAAGAAGAGACAGUUGCGCCUGCUCCACCGGUUACGCCGAAAAAGAAGAAGGCCCAUAGAGGUCAACGAGGGGGGGCGAGACGACGUAAGGGAAACAGUAAUUCCGAGAAGGAGGAGGAUAGGAUCGAUAAGAUUGUAAAUGACGCCAAGAAGGUUGAGCAAGAGAUUACUUUACAGCCAGAUAUGACGGAUGGGUCAUCUAUGAACGAGGUCGAAACAUCAAAAGUCGUGAUAAAUGGCCUUGAGGUUUACGAGGACGAAAUCUUGGGGAGGGGGAGCCAAGGGACAACCGUCUGUAGAGGGAAAUUUGAAAAUAGAGACGUUGCAGUCAAGAGGAUGUUGAAUGAUUUUGUCGAGAUUGCUGAGCAUGAGGUUAAACUCCUGCAGGCCAGCGAUGACCACCCCAACGUCAUAAGAUACCACUGCAAGCAGAAAGGGGGCAAAUUCCUCUACAUUGCGCUAGAACUCUGCCAAGCCUCUCUUAACGACUUUAUGUUGGAUCCGGUAAGGUUUCAGGAGCUCAGUUCUUCCCUGGAUGCCACAGAAGUACUCCACCAGAUCGCUGCGGGUGUGCACCAUCUACACUCGCUGAAGAUUGUACACCGAGACCUUAAACCACAAAACAUCCUGGUUAGCUUUCCCAAGGCGCCACGGAACGGGGGCCGGGGAGCCGCCAAAAAGCCACGACUACUUAUUUCCGAUUUUGGUCUUUGCAAAACUCUUGACGAUAACCAAAGUUCAUUCAAGCUAACAACACAUGCUUCUCCUGGAACAUGUGGAUGGAGAGCACCUGAAUUGUUGACAAUGGAUGAUGAAAGACGUCGGCCUUUUUCGUCGCCUGGGAAUACGGAGAGCUCCGGGUCAGCCUCGUCUGAGACCGUAAUCUUUGAGGUUAACAACACUCAGCGCAGAGCGACGAGGGCCAUCGACAUCUUUUCAAUGGGCUGUGUAUUCUAUUUCAUCUUGACGCAGGGAGAACAUCCCUUCGGAGAUAGAUGGCACAGAGAGUUGAAUAUCAUUAGCAACAAGAGUGAUCUAAGCAGAUUGAGCAUUCUGGGAGGCGCAGGAUAUGAGGCAAGAGAUUUGAUCAGUAGUAUGAUCGAUCACAAUCCAAAGAAAAGACCCGAUGCUACUAAAGUUAUGAUCCAUCCCUUCUUCUGGUCAGCAGAGAAGCGUUUGAGCUUUCUUCUAGACGUAUCAGACCGGUUUGAAAUAGAGAAAGAUAAGGAGAAGGACCCAAAUUACAAGUCAGAGUGGAUCCCAUAUAUCGAAAGAAGCGGUAACAGAGUUACUGGGGGUGAUUGGUUGAAACGCCUUGAUCGUGGUUUUCUCGAAGAAUUGGUAGUCAACAAGCGAAGAGGCUAUGAGGGCGGGAAGGUUCUGGACCUGUUGAGAGCGAUUCGGAACAAAAAGCACCACUACCAAGACAUGAAGCCCGCAGCAAAAGCUUCUGUCGGCGCCUUACCUGGUCAAUAUCUUCUUUACUUCACGGGAAGAUUUCCAGACCUCUUGCUACACGCGUACCACGUGAUUCGAGAGACUGGGUUUUCCGAGGAACCGAUGUUCCACUCAUACUUCACCACCGCUGUGUCGACCUUAUAG